CAUCAGCACUUAUAGGGUAGGUACAUGGUAGAACUCUACCCAACACUGGGUUGUUUUCCGUAUGGCAUCAGCGCUCAUAGGUGUGGAUCUCGAGGUCUCACCCUGUGUGUCCAGGCAUUCCUCCUCAAGCACCUGCUGUUCAACAAGGAGUACCAGUCCAGUAUCUUCAUCUCCACUGCUCUGCAACCCAACAGCUUCGAGCGGCGCCGCGCCCUGAUUGGUGGGAUGUGCGAGAUGCUGUGGCAGGCCGGUGAACGACGACGUUGCUGCGUGUGUCUGCUGCAGGAACACACCUGCUUCGGUCCAGACUACAGAUACAGGGUGGACAACAUCACAGAACGGCUUCAUCUUUUUGAAUUCAAGAAACUAGAAGAUUUACGGAUAUUUAUCAGACGGCAUUUAGAACAGUUCCAGGGGGACAGUAGUUGUGGCUGUAUUCUCUUCCUGUACAGCCUCGUCCUCUCCAGGACUGUGCACAGAGUACAAGAAGACAUGGACGUGACCGAAGACAGCAAGGCCAAGCUGCUGACUGACCUGGAGCAGUGCACCCCAUCUCUCAUCAACCUGCUACUGACAGGCCAGCUGUAGUAUCUACACAAUGGAGACAUCCUCUACGACAACAGAGGGUCUCUACUGAGUCGACCUGUCCGAGGCAGCAAGCAGCGCAGUGAGGUGGGCUUCCUGUUCUGGGACAAGGGGGAGGCGGAGGACGAGAGGACUGAGGUGGGCAGUAUGCUGAAAACCCCCAAGUACCCUGUGUGGCUGACCAAGGUCAAUGGUCACUUCGGCCUGCUGUUCAGCACCAACAUUGACCUGGUAGGUGACUGGAGAGCUGAACACCGCUUUGCCCUUCAUUACUACACAGGACUCAUCACCCAGGAAAAACCGGUUCAGCUCACCAUUGAUACCCGAUACAAUCGUAUACGCCCAAAGACUUCACUGCUGAGACGGGAUCAGGAAGACAAGAUCCCAGCACUAGAGCAGUGCAUCAUGACCAAGUGGUAUGGUGCCAAUGUUCUUUGGAAUGGCACAGUUCCUUUCUACUGAUGAUGCUGAGACAACUAAAUCUCUGUGGAAUCCUUUAACUGUAUGUUGUGACACCAGCGGGAAUCGAAUGACAUACUGUAAAUAACAGUGGCUGUAAAGAGUGGCUGAAUUCAUGAUGCUUCACUGGACUUGAAGCAUUGCACCAUAUAGGCAUAAAAACUGCGAAUAGACGCAGAUAAUUUGAAGAGUGCUCUUCAAAAUGUUUAGAUCACAAACUAUAUUUGAAUUUAGGCCAAGAAAUCUGGAAGUGCAUUUCUGAGGUAGUACAUUUCCAGUUUUCUUCAUAUCACAAGAUCUAUUUUUUCAUACAAUGAAAUUCACCACUCAAGUUGGCAUAAGGCUUAAUUACACUUAAAGGCACUAUAUCACGCCACACUUAUCUAAAAAUAAAUAAUGCAUUUCUCUCAGUAAUACUUCCUAUCAACCCUCAGGGAAGCUACCAUAUAAUUUAUUCAGGAACCUGAAGUUAUAAUAAGAUAACAACUAAAACAUCUUGGGCCCCAUUUCACAAGCAGUCUUAGCACUACGAUGAUGAUAAGCUUUAUAAAGCACUGUAGAUAUCAUCACUCUAGCACAAAGAUUGCGUAAUGGAAUGGGGCCCUGCAGUUUAUAGACAUUGGCAUACAGAGAGGGGUGUUGGACGUUAGCCACUAGCCUGAAGCCCGAGUCAAGUGAAAUUCUGUACAGACUAUUAAGCUCAACUAAUAUAAGUCCACAUGACAACACUGAGUGCUGCUGAAAAUGAUGCUGAGAGGCAAGUGUGCACCAGUAGUCUCAAAACCUAUGGCACAGACUGUGAUAGUGAACGAACAUUUUAGCAGGGCUCCACAUCCAGAUGCUAUUUGGGAAAAAUGAUCAGGACAUGCUAAUACCCAUCUAAAAACAACAUAAGUUGUUGGGGACCUAGAUACCCACUGGGGGUAAGGUAACACACCCAGUGUAUGUAACCUGGCCCCUAGCAUGUCAACUUCAUGUUUGAAGUGCUUAAUGUAAAUCAUGGUUCUGUGAGACUAGUUAAACAUCAUUGACACUUUUGCCAAAAUAUGUCAUUCCAAUCUCUUCCAUUCCAGUCCAUUACAUUUGGAUAGUCCAGUUUUCCAUUAUUUUUAUCUUUGGAGAAUAUAUUAAUAUGGAAUUUAUUUUCAUGUUAUUUUAUGUUUAUCAGUUUCCAUGGCAGUUUAAAACUAUGGCCAUCAAUCAGCCCUGAGCAGUUUUUACAGGCACUGUCGAACACCAACAAGCUUGACAGAAUCAACACAAGUUAGGGGCUGUUGGGCUCUGAUAAAACUCAUUAUACUAUCCUAAACCCGGUAUUUCAGUUAAAAUUUGUCAACAAACAAACAGAUACAGAUUUUAAUGCUCUCUAAAUGUGAGUGUACUUCCACCAGGGUCUUUCAUGUGAUUCCCUUUCAUUGAAACCACAUUUUAUGUACCUGAAGGUCCCCCAUUGUUAUUCUUGUUUGAGUGCUUUAUGAAAUGUGCUAUUUGUGUCUGUUUGAGUUCUGCUUCAAUCAAAUAUGUUGUGUUUUAUUUUGUAGGCAUAAUUAUAUUGUUAUGCAAUUGAGAAAUCACUUGAACCUGUCGGUUCCAAAAAUAGUAUCAACAGGCUCAGAGUUAACUAUCCUAUGGUUGAAAUAUAAUUUUUCAAUAAUUUGUCAUACUGGUGGGUUUUAUUUUUGGAUCAUUUGAAUUAGAGAUUAUUUUCUCACCAAACAUAAAAGCUGUGGUUGGAAUUAGAGAAAGAAAAGCAAUGGCACUUUGAAUAUUUAUUUGUGAAUUUUGGUAUUAAAAACAUAUAAUUUUAUGUCAAGAUAGCUGGUAUCUUAAACAACUAUUCCAACAUCCUGUUGUGGCGUAAUUAGUGUUUUGUGUUCUGAUUUGCAUGGAAAUAGUUUGUGGUAUUGGCUGUUGCUAAAUUUGGUUUUUCCGAUUUACGCAGUAGCAAUAAACAUCUCAACUGAGAAUUUCUUAUCUCUAAUUUCAGCUUCUUUAUGAUUGGUGGAUUUGUAAAUCACUGAAUUGUUUAGAAAUGAUUAUUUUGGUACUAUGACUGUGUUGUAUUUUCAUGGAUAUAUAAUUUACCUUGUGUGAUAAAUUGAUAAUUACAGUAUGAAAUAUUGAAGACUGAUUCCACUUGUCUUCAUAAUAGUUUCCUUUGCAGAGGUUACCAUGGUACAUUCCAUAUAUAUUGUGUUCCUCCACAAAUGCUGUUAGAUAUAGUAUUUUAAUGAAUAUUCCAUACUUUAAAAUAUAUGAUGAAAACAGGAUGGUUCUAAUCAUGAAAAGGGUACUCCAACCAAUCAGUGAGAUUGUUACCCAGGUUUGUGAGACAUUGGUACUUGUUGAUCUAUAAAUGACUAGUCCUAAGGAUGCAUAAGAAAACUCAACAUUUCUCUGGCACAUUUUUCUCAAAAGUGAGGAGGGAUGUUGGAAUUUAUUUUAUCUUUGGUUUUUUUAAAAGGAAAGGGACCAAGGGUAUCAACAAACACACGAGUCCACAUGUAUAGCACUGCUCUUUGUACUGUGUCAGUUACCAAGCAUUUAAUUCCUCUGGUUACAAGUACUCCAUGCACUACACAAUGUAUAUCCAUGAAACGGUAAUUCCACCAGUUAAUUGUUGUGAUAUUAUAAGAAUUUGCAUUGUUUUAACUGCUGAUUUACAUGCAUUUUGUAAGAUUGUGUUUUAUCACAUUUUAUACUGUUGUUGAGAAUAUACCAAAUAAAUAAUGAGUAACUUG